AUGACGACAAACCCCUCGAUCCUAAUCAAGAAUGGCACGGUCGUAAACGGCGAGGAAGGCGCGCAGCCGUACGCCGCAGACAUCCUCGUCGUCGACGGUGUCAUUGACAAAAUUGGAGUGCCGGGGUUCAUUACCGCCGACGCCAAGGUCAUUGACGCGACGGGGCUGUACGUUUCUCCUGGCUUUAUCGACAUGCACGCCCACUCGGACCUCUACCUGCUCUCGCAUCCAGUCCAUGCUCCCAAAAUCACACAGGGAGUGACUACCGAGGUGGUCGGACAGGACGGCAUUUCCUACGCACCGGUGCAAACCACCGAGCAGAUGGACGCGAUCCGUGCCCAGAUUGCGGGGUGGAACGGUAACCCAAGUGACGAGGAGUGUGCAACUACCCUCAAAGGAGUGGGUAUGUUUGCGUGGCGUACCCUCGGCGAGUAUCUCGACACGCUGGACCGGAACCGGACGGCCACAAACGUCGCGAUGCUGGUCCCGCAAGGCAACCUCCGCCUGUUGGCAGUGGGACUGUACGACGACGUCGCAACCCCAGAACAGAUCGCGGAACAGAUUCGCCUCUUGAAGGCAGCGAUGGCGGACGGCGCCGUCGGCAUGUCGAGCGGCCUGACAUACACGCCUGGGAUGUAUGCGAGCACAAGCGAGCUUGGCGCGUUGUGUCGCGCUCUGGCGGAAUAUCCCGGAGCUUACUAUGCCCCUCACCACCGAAGCUAUGGUGCUAAAGCGAUCGAGGCGUACGCAGAGAUGAUCGGUCUCGGAGAGGAGACGGGGUGUCCUGUACACCUGACGCACGCGACCCUCAACUUUGCCGAGAACAAGGGACGGGCGCCCGAGCUACUCGCCAUGGUCGACACCGCUCGCAAAAGCGCCGAUAUCACUCUUGACACAUACCCCUACCUGCCGGGAUGUACAACUCUGGCGGCACUCCUCCCGAGCUGGGCGAGCGCUGGUGGGCCAGUCGAAACACUCAAACGUCUCGAGGACGCCGUGACGCGUGAGAAGAUCCGGAUUGCGGUCGAGGUGACCGGCUGCGAUGGGGGACAUGGCAUCCCAACGAACUGGGAUGAGAUCGAGAUUGGUUCGACGAUUCAUCCCGAUUUGGACGGAUGGGCCGGCCGGCGUGUGGGCGAGGUGGCGGGCAGUUUGGUUCGCGCGCCGAUCGAGAUCUUCUUUGAGAUCCUGCGAAAAGAUAAACUCGCAACUUCAUGUCUCAUGCACAUUGGCAACGAGGAGAACGUCCAGGCCAUCAUGCAGCACCCGGUGCAUAUGGGCGGCUCAGAUGCCAUCCUCCACGGAAAGAGCCUGCACCCGCGCGCGUGGGGCACGUUUCCGAGGUAUCUGGGUCACUAUAGUCGCGAUCUUGGCUUAAUCCCCCUUCCCGAGAUGGUGGCGCACCUCACCUCGCGACCCGCCAAGCGGCUAGGCGUGUUCCCCUCCCGCGGAGUCGUGAGGGAGGGCAGUGCGGCCGAUCUCGUCCUCUUCGAUCCGGCCGUUGUGAAAGACAUGUCGACACACGCCGAGCCGUGUCUCCCUGCGAUCGGGGUGCAAUACGUGUUCGUCAACGGCGUGUGUGCUCUCGCAGAAGGCAAGCCAACCGGUGCGAGGGCGGGACAUACCCUCCGCCGCCGCGCUGAUGGGACGGUUACUCCCCGUGGAGUGUAG